UCUCUCUUUAUCCCGUUCUUCUCUGCCGUCUUGUUCCAUCCAAGCAAUGCUCAGGGCCGAUCUCUUCCUCCAUUCCAAGCCUUCUAUUCUCGCCGUCCCCUCUCUCUCCUCUCGACGAUCUCUCCGCCGUCCUCGUCUCCUCCUCCUCCGUCGUCGCUCCAAACCUAUUUUCCAGGUUUAUAGUGGUUUGGAGGUCUUUGUGGAUGAAGUUCAAGAGAUGGAGGAGUUGGAUUCCCUUGUGGAGAUUAGUGAAACUCGAACUCUUCCUUCUGCUCUGAGUUAUAGGAAUGGGGUUGAAAAGAUUAGAGAGGAGGUUGAGAAUCUGAAGGCUAACCCGCCGAGUUCUGCCAGCGGGGUUCUGAGGCUUCAGGUUGCUGUGCCUCCAAGCACAAAAGCCUUGAGCUGGCUCUAUUCUCAACAGAGAUCCUUGGUUGUGUUUCCUCAAUUUUAUCUUUCAAGAAAGCAGUCUGCACAUUCAUCUUGUGGUUUGGACCUAAUAAACUUACUACCACAAGUUUCUGGCAUUGGGGCGGCAAUAUGUUUUCGGGGUUCUUCUCAUACACAGAGAGGAUGCAAUUUUGUUGCAAGAUAUCUUUCAGUUGAUUCACCUCUGAUAAAGGCUUAUGGCUCCAUAGGUAUCAAUAGCAAAAGGGAAUCACUAAAGGAAGAUAAGAGUAUUAUGUUUUGCUUUUUUAUACCUCAGAUAGAGUUGAGUGAGUUAGGGAGUUACUCAUUAUUGGCAUCAACUAUAGUUUGGGAUGGGCACUUAUCUUACACAUUUGGGAAAGCAUUACAGUCUCUGGAACUAUAUCUCAAUCAGGUCAUCCAUGAAAUUUUGCCAUUCAGCAAACACUCCGACUCAUGGUUCAACCAGGUUCUUGGAUGGUCAUCACAUGCGAAGGAUAUCAAAGAUGGUCAGCUGGUGUCCUUGACUGCUGAGUCUCUUGCACAGUCAAUAGCUUGUGGCUCUUGUUUUGAACAGGAAGAUUUUUCAAAUUAUUACCACUCCUUGAGGCUUUCAGAAACUCUUUCUAUUAGUAAUCGAGCUUUUACAGGUUAUCUUGGUACCAAUUGUUCGAUAAUGACAUGUGCAAAUAUCAAUUUUGUGUGGGCAUCACUUAUAGUCGAAGAGUGUGUUCGACUUGGCCUGACAUAUUUCUGUAUAGCUCCAGGAUCAAGAUCGUCUCCCCUAGCUGUUUCUGCUUGUCGCCAUCCACAAACAACUUGUAUAUCAUGCUUUGAUGAGCGAUCACUUUCAUAUCAUGCUGUUGGCUAUGCCCGAGGAUCUGGUACACCAGCAGUAGUUGUAACAUCAUCAGGAACUGCCGUGUCAAAUCUUCUCCCUGCAGUUGUGGAGGCUAGCCAUUCUUUCGUACCACUUGUGUUGCUAACAGCUGAUAGACCUCCAGAGUUGUUGGAUGUUGGAGCUAACCAAGCCAUUGAUCAGAUCAACCAUUUUGGCAAGUUCGUAAGAUUUUUCUUUAGUCUUCCUCCACCUAAUGAGGAGGUGCCUGCAAGAAUGGUUCUCACGACAAUGGACUCUGCUGUAUAUCAUGCAACCCAAACACCUUAUGGUCCUGUGCAUGUUAAUUGUCACUUCAGGGAACCAUUGGAUGAUAAACCAAGAGCCUGGUCCUCUGACUACCUGAGGGGAUUAAAUUGCUGGAUGUCAAAUUCAGAGGCUUUCACUAAGUACAUCAAAAUGCGACCUACUUGCGGAUGUUAUGGUCAUGGUCAAAUUGCAGAGGUUUUGCAAGCUAUUCAAAGUGCUAAAAAUGGGAUUUUACUAUAUGGUGAUAUCCAAACUGAAGAUGAUAUUUGGGCUAGUCUUCUUCUGGCUAAACACUUGGCUUGGCCUGUUGUAACUGACAUCUUAUCUGGACUACGUUUGCGCAGACAAGUAUCAUCCUUUCCAGGGAUUGAAGACUGUUUUUUAUUCAUUGAUCAUCUUGAUCAUACUCUUCUCUCUGACAUUGUCAAGAGAUUGGUAAAACCAGAUGUGGUUAUUCAGAUUGGAAGUAGGAUCACGAGCAAGAGGAUAGGUAAAAUGCUGGAGUCCUGCUCUCUACAUACGUAUGUCUUGGUGGACAAACAUCCAAACCGUUCUGAUCCAUCACAUAUUGUUACUCAUAGAAUUCAGAGUGGUAUUCCUGAAUUUGUUGAUGUGUUAACCAGAAUUAAUUUUUCAAGGAAAAACAGAAAAUGGGGUGUACUUUUGAAAGAGCUGGAUAUGAUGGUUUCUAAUGAGAUAUCACUUCAAAUUAGCUCUGAAUGCUCAUUAACUGAGCCAUAUGUUGCGCAUGUAAUCACCAAGUAUCUUCAAGAUGAUGAUGAUGCCUUAUUCAUUGGGAACAGCAUGGCUAUAAGAGAUGUCGACAUGUAUGGAAAUGGCCAGGGAAAAUCCUACUGUAGUGAUGUUCAACUCAUUUCAAACUUGGAGCUUCUUGUCCAUUUUAUCCAAGUGACUGGGAACAGAGGUGCCAGCGGCAUUGAUGGUCUUCUUAGCACAGCUGUUGGUUUUGCAGUAGGAUCUAACAAGAAAGUACUAUGCAUGGUAGGCGAUGUGUCCUUUCUUCAUGAUACAAAUGGAUUAAAUAUCCUUAAUCAGUGCAAAAAGAGGAAACCAAUGACGAUACUUGUGAUCAACAAUCAUGGGGGUGCCAUUUUCAGUCUUUUACCAAUUGCAACUACCACUGAACCUAGUGUACUUGAUCGCUACUUCUACACAUCUCAUGAUAUUUUGAUUGGCCAACUAUGUGCAGCACAUGGUGUGAAGCAUUUACGUGCACGAACAAAAGUUGAACUUCAACAUGCUUUACAGAGUUCUCGAAAGGAACAAAGGGACUGCUUAAUAGAAGUUGAGAGUUGUAUUGAGGAUAAUGCUAAUUACCACAGUGUUAUGAGAGCAUCUGUUUCUGAAGCUGUAGACCAAGCAUGCCAUGUUCUGUCAAAAUUUGUUACUUUUGAUCAUAUUAAUGAUAGACCAUCCAUAUGCAAGAUUACUAAAAUGGAGUAUUCAGUGUAUAGAAUUAAACUAUGCGCACCACCUACAUCAAGUCUUGUGAAUGAUUCUGGCAGCAGUUUCAACCGUGAAGGUCUUAUACUAUCUCUAGAAUUAGAUGAUGGAAGUUUAGGAUUUGGGGAGGUUGCACCACUUGAAAUUCACCAGGAGGACAUGGAAGAUGUUGAAGAACAAGUGAGAUUUCUGCUUAACAUAAUUAAAGGAGUUGAAAUAAGUUGCCUUUUUUCUUUGCUCAAGGGCUCCAUCUCAUGCUGGAUCUGGAGGUGUUUAGGAGUUCAGCCAUCCUCUAUCUUUCCAAGUGUCAGGUGUGGUUUGGAGAUGGCUAUACUUAAUGCGCUAGCUGCAAGAUGUGGUUGUAGUUUAUCUGAUGUACUUUCUGGAUAUAAGAGCGCAUCCCUAGGUAGUCUUAAGUCAGUGAGAUCAGAAUUAAUUGAUGAUGUCAUUGUAAAAAAAUCAGCACGGGUACAUAUUUCUGCUCUUGUGGAUUGUAAGGGUACACCGAAGAAUGUUGCUCAUGUUGUGUCUCAGCUUGUCGAGGAAGGUUUCACUACCAUAAAAUUGAAGGUUGCACGACGGGAAAGUCCCAUUGAAGAUGCUAUUGUCAUACAGGAGAUAAGAGAGGUGGUUGGAUACCAGAUCCAUAUACGUGUUGAUGCCAAUCAGAUGUGGACCUACAAAGAGGCAUUACAAUUCGCAUCUCUUGUUAAAGAUUUUGACCUUGCGUACAUAGAGGAACCUGUAUGCCUUGAGAGUGAUAUUAUUAAGUUUUGUGAAGAAACUGGCAUACCUGUAGCAUUGGAUGAGACUGUCGACAACAUUAGAGGAGAUAUCUUCAAACAACUUGAGAAAUUUGUGCAUAGCGGAGUUGUUGCUCUUGUCAUCAAACCUAGUGCUGUUGGUGGAUUUGAAAAUGCGGCAAUGAUUGCAAGAUGGGCUCAGCUACAUGACAAGAUGGCUGUUAUCAGUAGUGCAUUUGAAAGUGGCCUAAGUUUGUCAGCCUACAUUCAAUUUGCCUAUUAUCUUGAGCAACAGAAUGCUGCAAUCUGCAGCAUGAGAAAUAAAAAAUGUCAAUCAACAAUAUCUCAUGGCCUUGGAACAUACCGAUGGCUAAAGCAAGAUAUAUCCAAUAAACCUCUCAUAAUUUGUGCACAUCCAGAUGGUGACACUAUUGAAGCUGCUGUUGAAGAUGCACAAUUUUACCUACAAAAUUUCCAAAUAAACCAUAAAGUUAUUCAAAGAGCUUAUCUAGCAGAGCAGGUUAGGUCGUACCAUUUAGAUGUCAAUACUGAAGAGUUUUCAUAUUCCACCAAAUUUCAAGAGGUUGGACUCGCCACAAAUAAUAAGGCAGUUAUCUUUCUCCAUGGAUUUCUGGGUACAAGCGAGGACUGGAUUCCAGUAAUGAGGCCUCUCUCAGCCACAACAAGAUGCAUUUCUAUUGAUCUACCUGGGCAUGGAGAAUCUAAUCUCCAAUCAAAACAAGGAUUUAUGAUUUCACUUGACUUAGUGACAGAAAUAUUGCAUAAGCUCAUAUGUGAUGUCACCACUGGAGGUGUUGUUCUUGUUGGAUAUUCAAUGGGGGCAAGAAUUGCAUUGCACAUGGCACUGAAGUACAAAGAGAAGAUUCAUGGAGCAGUAAUAAUAUCCGGAAGUCCAGGACUAAGGGAUGAAGCAGCUAGAAGAGUUCGUGCUGCUCAAGAUGAUGCGAGGGCUCGAAACCUAUUGGCCUUUGGUUUGCAACGUUUCUUGGAGACAUGGUAUUCAGGCAAACUUUGGACAAGCCUAAGAAGCCAUCCACACUUUCAACAAAUUCUCAGCAGCCGUGUCAGGCAUGACGACAUUCAAACUCUUGCAAAAUCUUUACGCGGCUUGAGCAUUGGAAGACAAAGGUCACUGUGGGAAGACUUGAAGGAUAGCAGCAAACCUCUUCUUCUCAUAGUUGGCGAAACCGAUACUAAGUUCAGAGAAAUAUCUGAAUGUAUGUUGAAUGAAAUAAAUAAUUCACGUGACGUCCAUCAAGUCGGAGACGAUGAACCAUUGUGCGAUAUGCUCAUAGUACCAAACAGUGGCCAUGCUGUGCAUCUUGAGAACCCUCUUCCAGUGAUCAAUGCAAUAAGAAAGUUCAUAACUAGACUGAGUUAAAAAGCAAAAAAGAUGAUGGACUUUAAAGACAGUACUGCUGCUCAAACUCAUUCUUUUUAGUUGUUCAAUCUAGACUUGUGUUUCCAAUGAUCAUUGAGCUUCACUUUUGUUUUCUAUUAAGAUAACCAUAUUUGGCUUUAUAAUUCUUGAUCAACAUUGUUAAAGAAAAUUCUAUGAGAAAUUUGUUUGCAUACAUACCCCCGGAGAAGCGAAUAAUUAUUAAUAUACUU